AGGCUGACAAACCCCAGUCAUGUGACGGGGUGGUCUGAGGCCUGCUCGGAAAAUGACAACAAGCCGAGGAAGUACGAAGAAAAUAUUCAGUGAAAAAUUGACAGAAAUAUAACUUGCUGAAGUUAUUGGCAAACCUGCGAGUGUCGAGCUUUUAAUUAGAAAUCGACAGCCAUUUAAUAUAUCUGUCCGAUACCCGUUUUGGUUACGCUUCAUACAGUACGGCGGAGAAGCAGUGUGAUGAAUGCUCUGGUCGCGCUCUGUCAUUUCUGUGAACUCCAUGGCCCUCGAACCCUCUUCUGCACAGAAGCUGUGCACUCCCCCACUCCCCUGGAGGCCAGGGGAGGGGCCAGCGCACAGGGGACAGAGCCUGGUAGGGGAAGCUCUGCCCUCUCCUUCUCACAAGGAGACACUGAGGGGGAGGAGCCAGGAGAUGGAGGUAUCACCAUGAGAGCCAGAGACUCUGCCCUUGGACAGCAGGCCACACCCACCACCACAGGAAGUCCUGCCCCUCAGAGGGCAGACAUGUGUGAGGGGUGCAGGUCUCUCCCCUGUGGUCACCCCGGCUUCAUCAGUCACGACAGCGAGACGUCCAUCAAGUACCUGAGUCACCAGCACCCCCCCCACCCCCAGCUCUUCAGCAUCGUGAGGCAGGCGUGUGUACGCAGCCUGAGCUGUGAGGUGUGCCCGGGCAGGGAGGGGCCAAUCUUCUUCGGGGACGAGCAGCAUGGCUUCGUGUUCAGCCACACCUUCUUCAUCAAGGACAGUCGAGCCCGUGGGUUCCAGCGCUGGUACAGUCUGGUCCUGGUCACCAUGGAUCGGAUCUACCUCAUCAACUCCUGGCCGUUCCUUCUAGAACGAGUCAGAACCAUCAUAGAGGGACUGCAGAGGAAAGCCCUGCGGGUGUUUGACAGUGAGCAGUGUGUGUGUCCUCAGCGCUCUCUUAGGAUCAACACUGUUUUCACUCCCGGGGUCUUUCCUCACCAGCGCAGCGGCAACGCGGCUCGAUCUCUCCCCUCCCUGACCCACGAGAGCGGCCUGUGGGGGGCGCUGCACUCCUCCUUCUCCUGGCUGCUGAAGGCUUGUGGGUCUCGUCUUACUGAGAAGCUGCUGGAGGGAGCGCCGACUGAGGAUACCCUGGUGAUGAUGGAGAGGAGAGCAGAGCAAGAGGAGGAGCUGAUUGGCUUGGGGGGAGCAGAGGGAGGUGUGUCCUCCCAGCCUGGGGAGAGCCAAUCUGAGAGCCUCCUAGAGGCAGACCCAUCCCCCCUGUUGGAGUGGAGUGACAGAGUGAGGAGAGAGGAGAGAGGAGGAGGGAGGUUCACUUCACUGAGACACAUGAGACAGGUCCUUGGCGCCUCCGAGUUCCGCUCGCUUGCCUGGCACGUGCUGAUGGGAAACCAGGUAAUCUGGAGGGGGGCGGACCUUCAUCUCAUCCAAUCAGCAUUCAACAUGCUCAAGACCCUGCUCCCUGUUGGCUGCGUGCGCUCCAUCCCAUACAGCCUGCAGUAUGAGGAAGCGUAUCGAUGCAACUUCCUGGGGCUGCGCAGUGAUGCCAUCAUCCCCGCCCACAUCACCUGCUCAGAGUUCUCUGUACUGGUUGAUGUAAGGCCAGCGUCUCGCUCCAGUUUCUACCCUGCACUUCUCUGCGAUGAGGAGCUGCUCUCAAAAUACCAGUUUGUGAUGACGACUGGGAGCCCGGCGGCCACUGAUAAAGGUCCCACACUGCUCAAUAAGCUGGAGCUGGCUUUGUGCAAUGAGAAUCUCUCAGAACAGGUGGUGCAGGACUGUCUGCUGUGCCUGAAGGAGGAGUGGAUGAAUAAGGUGAAGGUUUUGUUUAAGUUCACGAAGGUUGACAGCCGCCCGAAGGAAGACACACACCGACUGCUCGGUAUUCUGGGAGCUGCAGACGAGGACAAUGUCAGACUUCUUAAAUUCUGGAUAACGGGACUCAGCAAGACUUAUAAGACACAUCUGAUGACUGCCGUGAGGAACCCCCAGUGCUCCUAAGUAACCCCACACAGCCCUGAAUAGAUAUCUCAUGAGACACAGGACUCCUGUCCCUCAUAGAUCUUAUAAGACUCAUCUCAAUACACACCUUACGUAAACAGCUGUAGCAACACAUGGGAACAUGUAACACAAUAAAAUAAAAAGGUCCUUAUGUACCCUUUAAUGAGACGGCCACCUUGACUGUUGUCUUAUUCUCCUUUCACAGAUAUCUGUAAGGCAGGUUUCAGAAAUUUAUAAGAUUGAGUGAGUGCUGUAAGAGGCCCACAGAACUGCUAAACCCAUGAACAGAUAUAUGUCUGUCUGUCUGAGCCACCUAGCCCCCCCCAGAUAGGAACCCAAAAGCGAAAGGAAGGAAUGAGAGGCAAGUGAAUUUUACCCCGCUGUGUGUUUCAGCCACUUAAACCCCUUGGAUUAGAACCCAGGCCACCAGAAAGGUUAAUGCACUGAAUGAUGUCACUAGUGCCACCUAGCUGAAUUUUAGGGAAGCUGAAUUGUUUAGUUUUUUUUUUUCCCUGCUGUUGUAAAUACUAACCAUCACUGAUAUCAGUAAUAUAUUAUGAAGAAAGUGCAAUGCUGCUGUUAAUUCUAUUUUAUGCUUUAAACUAAAUGAUUGUACAUGUAGCUCAUAACAAUCAGCUAACAGCUAUACUGUCAUAAAUAAAAUAAUAAGAUUUUUGAAAAAA